CUUAACCACACAUUUAUAACAUUUUGCAAUAAUUUUAUUCUCAGUACCAAUGACUUGACUCCAAGAAUCAACAAGCAAGUUCAAGCACCAAACAGAUUAUGGCUUUCUGAAGCAAGAUUCUUCAUAAAACAGAGUCUUUAUUUGAUAUCCUUUUCCACCACUUUUAUUCUACAUAAAUAAGAAGUAAAAAAAAAGUUUUUAUUUGCUUUCUUUUUCUGGGGGGAGGGAGAGAAUGAUAUGGGUCUUUCACGUGUGACAUUGAUAUAGCUUGUCUUCUUCAACAAAGCAACAGUUUAUAUCCAGACAGUUCCUCUAUUAGUUAACUUCUUGUAACAAGAUGGAAAAAUAUUGAAGGAUCCGUUCAUAAACGAUGAAAAGCUCAAGUUUGUGUUUGAUCUGAAGCUUCCACAUUGCUGCAUCUAUGACCUGAUCACAGGACAAAGGACUAUGAAACUCAACUGAUCCAAGAAAAACCACUCCAUUGAUACAUCUCCAUGGAGAAUUAUCAAGAAACUCGGUUUCUUCCUGAAAACGCAAUGGUCCACAUGAACUCUACAGUUUCUUACUCAGAGGAAGUAGCCGGUAGAGAAAGAACCGAAGCUAACAAUGUCUCAGUCCCACAAGAGACGCAAGUAUAUUCCAGAUUUGGAGGAGUUUCACAAAUGCAAGACAUUCACGACUUCGGUUCUUGGAGAGGUCAAGCUAUGGCAGGCCCUAUGAGAGUUCAUCAGACCGGUCAAGGAUUGUCCCUAAGCCUCGGUUCACAGAUUCUCCAUCAGAGAAUGUCUCAAGGAGUUGAGCAUUUUAGAGGCAAUGAGUAUGCAACACAGAGCUUUCCUGUUGGUAAUCCGAACUUGGAUGUUGUGAGAACAGUUCCAAACUCAAAGUAUCUCAAGGCAGCUCAGCAGCUUCUUGAUGAGGCUGUUAAUGUAAAGAAAUCUUUAAAGCAGUUUCAGCCAGAGGGAGAUAAGAACAAAGAGAACCCUCAAGAAACAGAUCAAAACCCUCAAGGCUCAAGCAUGAAUCCUCCUGCUGAGAUCUCUCAAUCAGAGAGACAAGAAUUGCAUAACAAGUUGACAAAACUCUUGUCAAUGUUGGAUGAGGUGGAUAGAAGAUAUAAGCAAUAUUACCAGCAGAUGCAGAUAGUUGUGUCCUCCUUCGAUGUAAUAGCAGGUUAUGGAGCUGCUAAGCCAUACACAGCACUAGCUCUUCAAACCAUUUCACGUCAUUUCCGUAGCCUAAGAGAUGCUAUAUCAGGACAAAUCCUCGUGACACGAAAAUGCCUCGGGGAGCAAGAUGGUUCAGAUGGAAACAGAGUUGGGACAAUAAGCAGGCUUAAGUACGUUGAUCAACAUUUAAGACAACAAAGAGGUCUCAUGCAACCUCAAGCUUGGAGGCCUCAACGUGGUCUACCUGAAAACUCUGUUUUGAUUCUCCGUGCUUGGCUCUUUGAGCAUUUUCUUCACCCAUACCCAAAGGAUUCAGACAAGAUCAUGCUAGCAAGACAAACAGGGUUGAGCCGGGGUCAGGUCUCAAACUGGUUUAUAAAUGCGCGUGUGCGUUUAUGGAAGCCAAUGGUGGAAGAAAUAUAUAAGGAGGAGUUCACAGAGAAUGACUCCAACUCAUCCUCUGAAAAUACACCAAAAACAUCUGAGGUGCGUCCUACUGUUGCUGAUGAUGAAGAUCCAGCUCAAGAGUUUCCACAAGACCGGACAAAACCGGAUCAUGAACAUGGUUAUGGUGUGGAAACAUGUGGCAUGGUCCAGGGCGGUUAUCAGAUGGAUGGUGGGAGGUUUAUGACGGUUGAGCCUACAUAUCAUGUGGCUGAGAUUUCAAGAUUUGGUGGUGGUGGUGGUGGUGUGUCUUUAACUCUUGGACUUCAAAAUUCUCAAGGACAUGGUAGUGCUGUUGAUAUGUCUAGUGAGGCGUACAACAGCUUUCCCGGGGUCGGUGUUUAUGAAAAUGUCAUCCCUGGAGCUGAGAUGGAGUAUGUAAACCAAGAGAGUCGCCAGAACCGGAUAGGUUCUUCACAAUUGGUACAUGAUUUUGUAGCGUGAAAGAGACAGCUAUGGAGAGGAAUAAAGAGGAGUAGGUGUGCAUGAGUGAAUGUUAUGAUUAAUCUCAAUUCUCUAGUGGAAGAUUGGUCAGAGAAAAAAAAAAUAUUUUUAAAAGUUUGUAUAAAGAAAACAUUCUUUUGUGUAAGAAAAUUUACAACAAUCACAAUCAUGAGUUUUGUUUUUUAACUCUAGUGGAAGCUUUUUUAAAAAAAUAGUUGAAAAUACAUAGUUGAUUUGUUUCUUUUAGUUGUACAUAAAUAUAUCUCAUUAAUGCCUUAUCUUCCAUUACUUACAAUAUUGCAUGAUAACCAAACUAUAUAUAAUAUAUUGUAGUGAUAAAGUGACAUGCACUUUCACCAAACUUACACUCCUAUGAACAAAGACCAUAACAUCUGUUACUAGAUAACAUACUAUCAGUUUCUUAUGGUAACUGGAACAUAUAAUUCAAACUUAUUGCAAUGUUAGUAAGUAGGUAUAUCUCUCUAUAUAUAUAUACAUCAUACAGCUCAUAAAGUCUGCAUCUAUAUAUAGUCGAUCCGUAAUAUGAAUCGUGUGAUUAGUUGGGAAUAAGCUUGGAAGGAG